AUGGCGACAGCUACCGCUGCGGGCAAGAAUGCCUCGCCAUUCCCUGAUGGCACCAAGGACUAUGUCCCUCUCCGAGCCGGCGGCCCUAAGAAGGACACCAACAAGCCUCACAUCUCCGACACUCCCAUGACUUGGAGCAACUGGCCCCAGCACAUCAACUGGCUCAACACAACACUUGUUGUGUUUGUUCCUUUGAUGGGCUUCAUCUCCGCCUACUGGGUUCCUCUCCACCUUAAGACUGCUCUCUGGGCUGUCUUCUACUACGUCCACACUGGUCUCGGUAUCACUGCUGGUUACCACCGAAUGUGGUCUCACUCUGCCUACAAGGGCACCACUCCUCUUAAGAUUUACCUCGCUGCUGUCGGCGCUGGUGCCGUCCAGGGCUCUAUCCGAUGGUGGUCAUAUGGUCACCGAGUUCACCACCGAUACACCGAUACCGAGAAGGACCCCUACUCCGUCCGCAAGGGUCUCAUGUACUCCCACAUGGGAUGGAUGGUCCUCAAGCAGAACCCCAAGAAGCAGGGCCGAACCGACAUUACCGAUCUCAACGAGGACCCCGUCGUCGUUUGGCAGCACAAGAACUACAUCAAGUGUGUUCUUUUCAUGGGUCUUGCUUUCCCUGCUCUCGUUGCUGGUCUCGGCUGGGGUGACUGGUGGGGUGGCCUCGUCUAUGCUGGUAUCCUCCGUAUUUGCUUCGUCCAGCAGGCCACCUUCUGUGUCAACUCUCUUGCCCACUGGCUCGGUGACCAGCCUUUCGAUGACCGCAACUCUCCCCGUGACCACGUUAUCACCGCUCUCGUCACCCUUGGUGAGGGUUACCACAACUUCCACCACGAGUUCCCUUCGGAUUACCGCAACGCUAUUGAGUGGUGGCAGUACGACCCUACCAAGUGGAGCAUCUGGCUCUGGAAGCAGCUUGGUCUCGCCUACGAGCUGAAGGAGUUCCGCGCCAACGAGAUUGAGAAGGGUCGUGUCCAGCAGCUCCAGAAGAAGCUCGACCAGAAGCGUGCUACCCUCGACUGGGGUAUUCCUCUUGAGCAGCUUCCCGUUGUCGACUGGGAUGACUUUGUUGCUCAGUCCAAGGCUGGAAAGGGUCUUGUCGCUAUCGCCGGUGUUAUCCACGAUGUUACCGACUUCAUUAAGGACCACCCCGGUGGCAAGGCUCUCAUCAACUCUGCCAUCGGAAAGGAUGCCACUGCCAUCUUCAACGGUGGUGUCUACCUCCACUCCAACGCUGCCCACAACCUUCUGUCUACCAUGCGUGUCGGUGUCCUUCGCGGUGGUUGCGAGGUAGAGAUCUGGAAGCGUGCUCAGUUCGAGAACAAGGAUAUCACCUACAUGAACGACUCUGCUGGCCAGCGCAUCAUCCGUGCUGGUUCUCAGGUCACCAAGAUCGUUCAGCCCGCUGCCAGCGCUGAUGCUGCUUAA